AUGGAAAAGGAUCCGCCAGAUUCCACCAAAUCAGCACCAUCUUUACUGGACGAUUCGCGGCUUCAGAAAGAAGAUAUAGCUAAAACAAGACGCUCCCAACUGUCGCAAAUACGAACCAAGCUCAACUUUUCAUCUGCUCCAUGGACUAUAACCAAAUACUUUAUCAUAUAUCUCUCGGAAUGCGUGAAAUCAUUCGUACGAUAUCUCGCCAAGCACGUGGCUGGUGUCAUGACGAUAUUCUUGAUGAUCUUGGGGGCCCUCGUUGUUUAUUCUGCUGAUGGGCCACAUCAACAUACUAUAUCGUAUUUGGAAGCAUCAACACUCUGGUAUGGAUACUGGCUCGCUCUAGGCAUGGCAUCAUCUAUUGGGCUUGGAACAGGACUGCAUACUUAUGUGCUGUUUCUUGGACCUUUCAUUGCAAGAGCUACGCUAACGGCUUAUCGUUGUGGUUCGGUGGAUUUUGAGACUCGUGGGCCAAACAGUUUUCAAUGUGUGUCUGUUGAUCAGGCCGUAACUAUUUGGCAGAUAGCAAGUAAAAUUAGAUUAGAGUGCUUUUGGUGGGGUGCUGGAACCGCAUUGGGAGAGCUGCCACCGUAUUUUGUUGCUAGAGCUGCUGCUGCUGCAGGACGAGACGAUCAGGAUAUAGCCAGUAUAGAGAAUCUGAGCCGAAAACCAUCAUCAGAGUUAAAGUUUAGUGAGCGAGCCCAACUUGGAAUGUAUAGCAUGUUGACCAAGUUUGGGUUUAUUGGGAUUGUAUUGUGUGCUUCGAUACCCAACCCACUAUUCGAUCUCGCUGGCAUAAUAUGUGGGCACUUUUCAAUACCAUUUUGGAAGUUCUUUGGUGCUACAUUUGUGGGGAAGGCUCUUAUAAAAAGCUCUUUACAGAGUUUCGCAGUCAUCAUCCUCUUUUCGAAAGACAUACUAGAAGAUGUGAUUAUGGCAUGGCUGAAAAGAAAAUAUCCAAGUGUUCAUAUAUAUGUCCAGCAAAUGCUGGAUAGUCAGUUACGGCAGUUUAAUGAUGGGACACCUACCAAGGUCCGAGCAAGCACGUUUGCAUAUGCAUGGAAUCUAAUACUCUUAUUUAUGGUUGGAUAUUUCAUCCUGUCGAUAAUUGAAUCUCUCGCCUUGAGUCAAAUAAGGCAAACUCAUGAUCAGGAAAUAACGGAUUUGUUGAAAGAAUAG